UGCCGGAUUAGGAUCGCAUUUAGCCGCGUGCGCACAAUCGUCGGUACGGGGACCCCGGGGGCACGUUGUUUCACUCUAGCACACCAACGGAAACACCACGCGCGAAACAAGGAAAGCCGGUUUCAACACCAGUUCCCCAGACCGAAAGGAAAAUCAGUAAAAAUUGGUGAAAAGUGUGACCUGCACUGCAGCAAGAUCAGAGAAAGGAAUUUUCAUCGGGGAACGAUCAGAGCCAAAUUUGAAAUUCUCGGCACUUUCCAAGCGAAAUUUAUCGAAAUAGUUAAUUCAAAUCUGUAUUUUGUGUAACUGAUCUUUAGAGCCAAAUUAAGUAACGAAAAUCGAAUUCGAAGUAGUGCUUUAGUGCAGGGAAGAAGUUGAAAAAAAGGUCUAGAAAAAUUCCCAGAAGAUGAUAUUUCAGCAUUGGCAACCGGAGCAGCAAAAAUAGCUGAAGCUACAAGUAUCCUAGAGUGAUUCACGUCGCGAAAAUUUUCGUCAUUUCCCAAAACCUGUAGUAAUGUAAGGUGACAAAUCACUUUUCCAUAAGUGAGGCAAAUAAGUAAGUGGUGUCGUGUUACAGGAAAAAAAAUAAAACCCAGUUAAAUAUAAUCUCCCCCGACAAGUGAAGUAGGUAUUUCACGGUCACUUCACUGCAGUGUAGUCAGUAUCGGCAAAAUACCAAACAGUGAGAAAAAUAGAAAAGCAAAUUAAAAUUCGUCAAGAUCGAAGUUCUGCACUAUAGUGAAAGAGCCGUAAAAAUUGGUUCGAAAAAUUUCCUUCUUUUUCGCAACGAUUUUUUACCUUCGAGGGGGCUAUUUUUAAAUCGAAGCAUAGCAUCUCUUUACAAGAGUAGCGGCCUACGGACAGUGUCAGAAUAGUGCUUUCCCACUCUACAUUAUUGUUACGCAAUUCGGCGAAUGGCUCGUAACGUAUAAUACCGAUUCUGCGAUUUUCGCGGUCAUCAUCCGUGGCGAGGUGCCUGUUGGCGAAAGGGAGAUAGUGUGAGUGAAAAGCUGUUGUUAUUGUUGUUUUUGGAACAUCUGAAUACGCGUGCUGGCUUGGUGCGAAAGUGAAAUCUGAAAUUUAAUGUUUCAACCCGUGAAUGUAGUGAGUGGUUGUUAAGGAAGUUAUGAAUUAUGAACCACCACAUCUCCAGUCGUGUGGAAAAUGUUUAAGAAGUGUGAAGAAAAUAUAAACAAAAUCCCUGAGUUGUAAACAAGGAACAAGGAAGAACUCAACUGAAUAGGGAAUUGGAAAAUGCGAUUCUGGGAUUAGUAUUUAAACCGAUUGGAGAUAAAAUAGUUUGGAUUCGUGCUGAAAAUCCGACAACAUGUCGCACCUGUUUCCUAGUGCAAAGGGUGACCAGCUGUGCCCACUCGGAUUCCAUCCGCAGGUGCGCUGGCCAACACGCUGCAAACGAUGCUUCCGUGACUACAAAGAGCACGGUAACAAACGAGGUGGCGAAGAUAUCACCGCUUCCACACCGGUCCUGCCCGGCUCGUCCCAUUCGCGAAGUCGCGAUGGAGGUAGUAGCACAAGUUUGGACAAACCCGUGCGAAGUUGGACAUCUACACAGAACUUGUUCGUUUCCAAUCACGGAAGCAGUAGUGACAGACCACCGGGGCUUCCACAGCGACCCGCUUCCUGGGCCUCGACGCCCGAUCUAGACAACAUUCUACAGCAAGUGAAGGCAGACUUUACUGUUAACUUGACGCUUCCACGAAGGAGGCAUACUACUACAUUCGACAACUUUGAAGAACCAGAGACGACAGUUACUAUCAAAAGACCACCGCUGCCGCCAAUCUUGAAGGUAGAACCUAAGAAGGAUGACACCAGGAAAGAACUGGAGAAAGCAGAAGACCAGGGAAUAAUUAUUGAGAAGGGAGACUCACUUGCCGAACGAGUACGCAAGAUGAAUUUGAUCAGACGUCAGGGCAGCGCUGAACGGGACAGUCGAGAGCGAUCGGUACCCAACAAGGAGGAGGAGGAACCACCAAUUCACCAUAUAAAACCAAUUAAAGUCGUCGAGCCGGAGAAAGUAGAACGUAAGCGUCGUAUUAGACCCAUUCCAGAAACCUCAGCGGAGGAGCAAUCUAAUAAACCUCAGCUAUCGCUAAGCAAAACAACGAUCACAUCCACAAAACCGCUUGGAAGCACUACUUUAGCACCUGUAAAAGAGAAAGAAACUAAAAAACCCACCAAGCCUGCUACAAACGAACCAGUAAAGGAGUCUACAAAGAUAAUUCGUCGACGACGCGUUGACGCAGGACCAUUUGAGUCUUCUUCGAAACCUUCGGUUGCUCCAACUCCAACUCCGAAACCGAUAAUAGCUCCAACGCCUAAACCCGAUCCGUUAGUGAGCAAUAGUAGCGAUGAUGUCAAAUUCCUUAUCUCUAUCAAAGACAACAAAUUGAAAUUGGACGAGGAUCUUCACUCGAUUACUACGGAUACUACCGAAACUACGAUUGUUGAUCAUAGCGAUAACUAUGAGUUGCAGGAAGAAAAUGAAAGCUUGAGACGAGAGUUGGAAACCGUGAAAGCGAGGUGUGAUAGGGCGGAACGAGAAAAGAGUGACAUACUGCUACGUAGACUGGCGUCUAUGGAUACGGGAUCGAACAAGACGGCGGCAUCAGAAGCUCUCAAGCUUCAACAAAAAGUAAACGAACAGAAACAGGUGAUUGAAGAUCUCCAGGAUGAGAAGAAGUUCCUAUCUACGAAGGUGAAGGAAAUCGAAUCAGACAUCAAAAUUCGGGGCGUAAAGAAUGUAGAAGAACAACUCAGACAGAAGCUGGAACAAGCGGAGACGCUGUGCGAGGAACUGAUGGAUGAAAAUGAGGAAAUCAAACGUGAGCUCAGAAACAUGGAGUCCGAGAUUGAAGAAAUGCAUGACAACUUCCGAGAGGAGCAAGCAGAUGAAUAUGCCUCACUGAAAAAGGAGCUCGAUCAAACUACCAAGAAUUGCCGCAUAUUGUCGUUUAAAUUGAAGAAAUCAGAUCGUAAGAUUGAACAGUUGGAAAUCGAGAAGACUACGCUCGGUGCCAAUACGGACCUACCUGCGAAGGUCAAACAACUGGAAGAUGAGCUGAAGGUCGCGAACGAAGUUGCCCGUCGCCUACAAGGUGAACUGGAACAGAUGGAAUCAAACCCAACUACUCCAACGAAGAAAACACCCACUUUGGGCAAAAUAGGAAAGUCAACAUCGGCGGAUAACAAGUUCUCUCGAGCAUCUUUAACACGAGGAGGAUCACAGGAGGAUCCAGUCCAGCUGCUUCGCGAUUUACAAGAUUCUCUGGAACGUGAAGCUGAUCUUCGUGAACAGUUGAAGUAUGCCGAGGAAGAAGCCGAAAAUCUUCGCCGCAAGUCCGGAAGAGUCGAGGAUGACAACGAGUCUCUCAUGAUGCAACUGAAGAAGAUGGCUACGAAGGCGAGAACAAAAGGUAUUUUCAAUACAGGUAGAAAGCUAAGUCCAAGUCCUCCAAACCGUCGCCUAACCCCGGAAGGUCCAAUGGAUAAGGACGAGGGAAUUUCGGAUGAAGAUGAUCCGGCUGAACUUAGGCUGCAGCUUGAAUUGAACGAACAAGAAACGGCCGUUUUGCGACGCAAGAUCGAAGAGUUGGAAAUCGAGAACAAGCGUAGCCGGGAGCAUGUCAAGGAACUCCAGGAAAGUUUGAUAUCCAAGACGAAGGAAAUGGAUAAACAGAAUAAGCUACCGUCGCUGUUGGGAUCAAAGAGCGGUGGGGUGAAGGAUCCACUGGAUGGGAAAAAGAUUAAGGUAAUGGAGGACGAAAUCAGUGAGCUCAGGAUGAAGUUAAUCGAGAAGGAUCGAGAGGUGGAGCGUGUUCAGGCCGAAUUGAGUAUAAGCAAAACGAAGGGCGGUAAAUCGUUGGUUAAAUCCAAAUCAUUGGACGCCGACCAACAGGUACAGGAUCUGAAGCGACAGUUACAGGUUAUCGAACAGGAAGCAAAUGUACUGCGACAGAAGACUCAAGCACUGGAACAAGAGAACGAAAAGUACACUGCCGAAAUCAAGCAGCUUCAACAGACCAAAGCAAAGGAUAGCGAAGCCGAGACCAAAAAGCUGAAUGGCACCAUUCAGGAGUUGCAAAAGGACAAGAGUGAACUGGAGAGCAAGUUGAAACGCAUCACGGCGGAAUCGUCCACUGGUAUGCCAUCGAGGAUACCAAAGGCGCCGAACGAUAUGCACACCAAGCUACAGUUGAAGAGAAUGAUCGAUGAUUGUGAGAAUGAAAUCAACGAGCUGCGGGCCAUUGUGGGUCGAUCGGGUGCCAUGAACAUAACCACGUUGGAGAAUGAGAAGAAAAAGCUUCAAGUAGAGCUGACUGAAUCGAAGGAACAGCGAACGAAACUGGAAGCGGAAAUAAGAAAGCUAGCUGCACCCAAGGUUUCUGCGGAGCUUCAGGCGAUUAAGUUAAGUGAGGCGCAACGUACAGUCCAGAAGUUGGAGGAUGAAAAUAAGAAGCAAAUCGAUAAAAUCAAAGUUCUGGAAGAAAAAAUUAGCAAGAUUACUACAAAUAUGAAGGCAACUGAAUCGACCAAGACCCAGCUGGAAACGCAGUUAAAGACCGAGAUGGAUAAGCUUACUUUGGCGGAGAAGGAUCUGGAAGGUUUGCGAAAGGAGAAAACUAAAAUUGCGGCGAAGAUAUCAGGUUUGGAGAAGGAGCUGUUGGAGGAGAAACAAAAAACAGACGAAACCAGGGAGGAUUUGGAAAAAGAGAUAGCCAAUUUGAAGAGAAAAUCCAUGUCAAAUGAUCCAUCCGCUCCCAAGAUUUUGGAACUAAGUCAAAAGAACGAAGAAUUAAUGUCAAAACUGGAGGAUGAAACCAGGAAGUACCACCAGCUAGUAUCCAAACAUGAAUCGCUGGAGGAGGAUCACGUAAUGCUGAAGGCUCAGAUGGAAUCCGAAAGGCAAAAGUUGCAAGAACUAACCAUCUUACGGAAUAAACUGGAACAAGCAGAUAGCAUAGAGGCCAUGCUGGUAAAGGAGAACACAAACCUCAGCCGAAAGUGCGUCGAAAUGCAGAAGAAGAUUGCUGCACUGGAAAGUAGCGCGGAUAGUCGCAUGGCCGGUUUAGAACUGGAGAACAAACGUCUGAAGAGUUCACUAGAAGAUAAACAACAUGAAUACGAGCACUUGAGCCAGGAGACUGAAAUGAAUGCAUACCAAGUGGCGCAGCUGAGAAAAGACAACGAUGAUCUUAGAGGCAAACUAGACGACUACGAGAGAAUCAACAAAGCGCAGCGAACUUUGAGCGAGCACAAUUCUCAUCUGGAACAAGAACUUAAGAAGCUACAUGUUCAACUUGAAACAGCCGAGAUGAACGUCAAGUCCGAGGUGGCCGCCACUCGCCUCCGGUACGAACAGCAAGUAACGAAUCUGCACAACGAGCUGACCGGUUUGCAGCGUCAAUGCGAGCGCUUCAAGCGUGAUCGUGACACAUUUAAGCAACUAGUGGAAGCCGCCCAGAAACAAAUCGGUGACAUGAAAGCCAAUCGCCGUAGUUUAGCUUCGGUAACGAGCAGUAGCGGCGACGACGACGACAAGUCCAAGAUCAUUGGGCUAGAGCAACAGAUCGGUUGCCUGGAGGAUGAGCUUAGCGAAGCUCGGUUGGAAGCCAGCAAGGUACGAACGGAAUUGAUUUCCGAGCUGAGUGCUUCCGAGAUCAAAAUCUCCGAAAUGCAAUCGAAGAUCAAUGAACUUGAGGAGGAGAAAAUUAUCAGCGGAGGCAAGAGCAAGGUACCGGGAACGAAGACAAGAUUAGAGCUUUCAUGGCAGAAGGAACGCGAGGAUCUACAACGAUUGGUACAGGAGACUUCGACCUUAGCACGAGAUCUCCGGCAGACACUGUUUGAAGUGGAACGGGAACGAGAUAAGGAAAAACUGGAAUCUAAACGUAAGAUAGAUCAGAACAAAAAGACAACCGAAGAAGAGAUUGAGGAAGGCAGAAGGAAAGUUACCGAGCUGCAGAGUGAUUUGCUUGAGCUGCGAGAUGCUCAUGCCAAACUAAGGACAGCAAACGAGAAGCUGAGACGUGACCGCGAACGAUCUGAGCGGGAACGUGAGAGUGCUACCCGACGAAGGCUUGAAAUUGAAGGCGACCGGAGAAUUGGAGCUUUGCUGCAAACAGUGGAUGAACUGGUCAGAAUGGCACCGGAACUGCAGAGGUCUUCUGCCAGACACGAACCUACCACUACUACUACAAGCACAGGAAAGACCAUCACAGCAAACGCACCCAUUCCAACACCUCCGAUGCGUCAUAAGAGUCCCUCUCCAGGUCCCGGUGGCGCUACACCACAGUCGCCGACGAUAACAGCAGUAUUAACCAGACUGGCGGAGGCGUCGGAUGAUUUGAGACGCUACCAGCGUAUGUGCGAUGAGGACAAAGACAGGGAACGAAUUAGACGUGGUGGAAUGAGACGAGCUGCGUCCCAAGAGACCGAUUCCAUAGAAGGCCAUUCGAGCAGACCGGUUAUGAGAAUCAACCGAAAUGGAGGAAGUUUGUACAAGAAGAGCUUGUCACUUGAUCAAUCUCUGCAGAUUGAACAGCAAGGGCAGCUUAUAUGGAAGGAAGGCGAUGACAGUAUGUCUUCGUUGCAAUCUCUCGAUUCAGAAUAUGGCGCUAGGUAUCAGAGGGAUUCCAGCUUGGAUUCACGCCUUUCCGGUGGUUCAACUCAAAGUGACAUGCCGAGAAUGAGAAAGAAGAAACGUGGUCUGAUGGGUAAAUUGCGCAGUUUGAGUUUGACCAGGGGUAGCAAGGGUAGCGAGAGUGAUUUUUCAAUUCAAGGAUCCGACUCGGAUCUCAGCAUGGCGGGUGAUAUUCGUUCCAGCAAGACCAACCUAAAGGGAAAGCUAUCCGGAAUGUUCCGAAGGGCGGGAUCAUCUUCCCGGGCGAACAGUAGCGAAGCCCUUGAUCGGGAGUUGCAGCGCCCAGUUGCAAUUCAAACUUUAGGUAAUGGACCCAAUGCGGGAGUGGCGGGACAAGGAAUACCGCCACGGCCAGUGUCCGGCAGCACGCCGCAUUUAGCAAGACAGACUGGAAAACCUCCCACUCCAUCGAUGGCUCCCGUGCAAAGAAGAAGGGUGGUCGGAUCGUCACAACCCGGAGCACCGAGUUCGGGGACACUUCCAAAGUAACAAUUUGCAAAAAGGCACUUUUAGUUGAUAUUCUAAAAUAAAGCUAUCUCAGACAGAAUUACGCAUAAAUUAUUUCAUCCUACUGAUAGGUAGACCAUCGAGAUGCACCAAUAUUAUUCAGUUUUCUAGUUGUUAUUGUAAAAAACAA